AUGUUGCCCUUCCUCGAGGUCACGCAUCUCCCCUCAUCGUCCUCCUUCUACUCGGCUAUCCUUCAACCCCUCGGCCUGCGAUAUCUAUCGGCAGAGCCAAGCUCAGAGUCACAGUCGGUGGUCCCGAUCGUCACCUACGGCACCCCAUCCCCUCCGACCCCCGUCUUUCAGCUCCGCCAGGUCGCAGCCCACAGCAUCAGGUUGUCUCGCAUCGUCCUCACCGCGCCCUCUACUGCCGCCGUAGCCGAGUUCCACUCCUUCGCUCUUCGCGCCAAUCCCGAUCUUGAAAAGCCGACCAGCGCUGGCGCCCGCGAGGCCGCGUCCACAACCGAAAGCCGGGCGAGGAUUCUCGAUUUUGACGGCAACACGAUGGAGGUUGCCUAUCUCCCCCCACCUGACUACCCCACCCGCUACGGCGGUUCCACGGUCCGCAAGACCCAGUCGACCCCUACCGAGGCGGCCCGCGUCCUAGACUGGAAUUACGGCGUCGCCACCUCGGCCCCGCCCCGUGCUUCCACCUCCGCCUGCGGUGGGCCCCGUCUCACUGCCGCGAGGCGGCCAUCCAACCGUUUUGCCGAGAACGAUCCGUACUCGAGGAGGAGGAGUGUCCCUACGACCGUCUCUUCGGUCUACGAACCCACGGCCUCACCCCGCCAGAACUCCAGCGGCCUCAGCACCGGCGCCGUCGUCGGCACUCUCCUGGGCGUUGCUGCCGGCGCUGCCUUCACCUACAGCAUGGUCAAGAAUGACCAACCACACCGCGCCGCCCGUCAGGAGUUCGACCCGCCCGCCUUCGCGCGGCGCUCGACAUUCCCAGAGCCCUUCCCGGACCAACAGGGGCGCUACGUCCACGUCGAACGGAACGUCGAGAAGGUUCGCCAUCCGAGCGAGUACCCACCCGUCGUCGAUCGGCGCCCGCCACCCGAGUACAUUGCACGGUACAGCCAGGUGGGCGCGUCCAAGAGCAGGGAAGCCGACGACGUCUACGACGACUCUCGGAGCCGCCAUUCAUCCCGGUACCGGCCCAGCGCGGCGGGGAGCGUGCGCACUCGAAGCGAAGCUUCAACGAGCCGAAAGCCUCUUCUCAUCACCGACUCGGAGCACCGAAGCUUCGUGGGCUCCAAGCACAGCAACUCUCCUCCCAUCACAAGGUCCGUAGUGCAUCGCAGCAACACCUACGACAUCGGAGACCGGGAAAGCUAUACCUCGGCCCGGAGCCAGCGGUCGGCCAGCACAAUCCGUGGCGCGCCAGUCCCUCCGCCGGGCGCCCCUUCCUCGUCUCAGCUGCUCGCGCGCUCGAGGGCGGGCAGCCGCGUCACGACGACGACCAUCAAGGUAGGGGGUGGCAACUCGCCAAGCCCGCACGCCCUCAGCCGGGCCGGCAGCUACGUGUCGGCUCGCAACGUCCCCCUCCCGCCGAGCGCCGCCGGGAACGGCUGGCACGACUGGGACGACGACGCCGGCAGCAUCGCACCAAGCGACAGUAUCAGCUGCGUGGGCAGCCGGAGGAGCGGGAGGUCAUAUCACUAA